CCCCGGGAGCAGGCCGGCAGGGACCCACCAGGCUGAUGCGCACGUGGGGAAACUGAGGCAGGGCGGCGUUCCCGGCAAGCACAGCGGGAAGGACCCUUCACUCCCGCGCGGUGGUCUCCGAGCGCCGCCCCCACGCGCGCUGCCCCUCCCCCGCACACGCACUCCGUCCCCACGCGCGGCGCGGCCACCGGAAGUAGUGCCCCGAGUGGCGUCGACACUGCAGCCCAGCGCGCGGCCGGCCAGACGUGGCCCCGGCGCUCCCGCCGCCGCUGCCUGCCUGGGGGGUCCCAGACUCGGCCCCGCCGCCGCCCUCGGGCCUGAAAGCCUGCGCCCCCCCUACUCCCACCGCCCGCGUCCUCCCCGGACAGCCCUCGCGGGUGGCGGCCGCAGGCUACCCACCAAGAAGGAGGCCGUCCAUGUCAAAGAGCAGGAUGAGCCUGGUGCCCCUCAUCCGUGUCUGCUGAGGGCCCCUCACAUCAGUGUGCCUGCACAUGAUGCUGUCAGGAAGCUCAGAUCCUUGAGGACAACUACCCAAGACGGUCUUCCGUUGCUACAGGGAGGAUGAGGAUUCGCCUGGUCCUGCUGUCAUUCCUGAGUGUGGCCCAGAGCCAUGCAGCCACAAGGCCCAACCUGGUCCUCCUGCUGGCUGACGACCUUGGCAUCGGAGAUCUUGGGUGCUAUGGAAACAAGACCCUCAGGACUCCCAAUAUUGACCGGUUGGCUGAAGGGGGCGUGAAGCUCACACAGCACCUGGCGGCAUCACCCCUGUGCACCCCGAGUAGGGCAGCCUUCAUGACAGGCCGCUACCCCAUCCGAUCAGGAAUGGCAUCUGAGUUCCUCGUGGGUGUGUAUCUCUUCUCGGCCUCAUCUGGAGGACUUCCCACCAGCGAGAUCACGUUUGCCAAGCUUCUCAAGGGUCAAGGCUAUUCAACAGCUCUCAUAGGGAAGUGGCACCUUGGGACGAACUGUCACAACAAAAGUGACUUUUGUCACCACCCGUUGAGCCACGGCUUUGAUUAUUUCCAUGGGAUCCCUGUGACCAACCUAAGGGACUGCAAGCCCGGAGAAGGCAGUGUGUUCACCAGGGGUAUCAGGCUGCUGGUGUUCAUCCCUCUUCAGAUCAUAGCGGUCACUCUCCUCACUAUGGUGGUGCUCAAGUACCUGGGGCUGGUCCGUGUGCCCCCUCUGGUCUUCUUCGGCCUUCUCUGCCUGGCCGCCAUGAUACUGGGCCUUCUGGUGUGCUUCCUGCAUUACUUCCGGCCCCUGAACUGCUUCCUGAUGAGGAACCACGAGAUCACCCAGCAGCCUCUAUCCUACGACAACCUCAUGCAGAGGCUGGUGGCAGAUGCGGCCCAGUUCAUUCGACGGAAUGCCAAGAAGCCAUUCCUGCUGGUCCUGUCGUACCUUCACGUGCACACGGCCCUGUUCUCUUCUAAGGACUUUGCUGGAAAAAGCAAACAUGGAGCUUACGGGGACGCCGUGGAGGAAAUGGACUGGAGCGUUGGGCAGAUCUUGAAGGUCCUAGAUGAGCUGAAACUGGCUAAUAACACCCUCAUCUACUUCAGUUCGGACCAAGGAGCACACGUGGAAGAGGUGACCCCUAAAGGAGAAGUUCACGGAGGAAGUAACGGAAUCUAUAAAGGGGGAAAAGCAAACAACUGGGAAGGGGGUAUCCGGGUUCCUGGCAUUCUUCGGUGGCCGGGAGUGAUACAGGCUGGACUAGAGAUUGACGAGCCAACAAGCAACAUGGACGUGUUUCCGACGGUGGCCACACUGGCGGGGGCUCCGUUGCCUGAGGACAGAAUCAUUGAUGGACGUGACCUGAUGCCCCUGCUUCAAGGGAAAACCCAACACUCCGAUCACGAGUUUCUCUUCCAUUACUGCAACUUCUACUUAAAUGCCGUGCGCUGGCGUCCUCGGAACAGCUCGUCCAUCUGGAAGGCCUUCUUCUUCACGCCCAAGUUCAGCCCCGAGGGCGCCAACGGCUGCUUUUCCACACACGUGUGUUUCUGCCACGGGCAUUCUGUCAGCUACCAUCAGCCACCGUUGCUGUUUGAUAUUUCCAGAGACCCCACAGAGAGAAACCCAGUGACGCCAGCAACCGAGCCCCGGUUCCAGGAGGUCCUCGACACCAUGCAGCAGGCAGUAGACCGUCACACCAAGACCCUGAAGGCGGUCCCCAAUCAGUUGUCACUGGGCAACAUUGUCUGGAAGCCGUGGCUUCAGAUGUGUUGCUCACCGUCAGGCCUGUCUUGCCAGUGUGACCGAGAAAAACAGGCCAGGAGAGCAAGCCACUAGCUGUACGUCCGGGGUGACACUGGGCAGCCCCAGCCCUGUGGGAGCCUCGCGCUCUGGUGCGUUGGCCGCCAUGAUUCCCGUAGCCCCCAAAACAAGGGGAUAACACUGAAAAAGCAAUUAGUAAGCCUUCACAUAUGCAACUUACAAUGAGCAAAGGGCCAUGAAGUACAUCACGCUAAGUUGCAGUUGGGCUCGUGGAAGGCAAUUAUUAUCGGUAUUAUUUAGAACACAUAUCAAAUGCUAUUCACGAUAGAUGUACUUACAUACUCACAGUUCAUUUCUUUCCUUGAGAAACCUGAGAUACUUACACUAGGAAGCUAGAAGCUGAUCACUUUUGAAGUAAAAGCAGGAGAGGCUCACAGGUGGAUGUGUAUCGUUCAACAGACUUUGUGGGAAAUCCUUCCUUCAGGAGCAGUAAUCCCAAAACGAAUCUCUCCCGAAGGGAUUUCCGUUUUAUAACUUAUAGUAUUAUAUUUGGGUUUUACUGAUUCUUCGGUGAAUGGAAAUUCAGAAAUAAAGGCUACCUCAGGGUAGGGUGGGGGGGCUGUAGUGAAAGGAAUCUGUCCCAACGUGAUGCAGAAUUAUUGGCAUGGCACGUGGAUGAUUUGCGGGCAAAGCAUUCGUAAGCAAUCCAUGAUCCACACGUGAUGCUGUGAUGUGUUUCGUGGUUGCCGGAUUUACUGGUGAGACCAGAGGAGUUAAUGUAAGCCCUUUUGUUUUGUGUUCUCGCGUCCUACGGCUACGAAAUCCCUAUGCCUCCAGUCCUCAGUGAGACGUACAACUUUGUUCUAAUUCUGUUUCUUCCGACAUCGAUAAUUAUGGGAGAAGGCAUCACGAGGCCACACAGGCGAUGGACGGACAGUGGCUCAGCUGGAGAAGGUUCCUGAGCGUGAGCCCCCACUGAGGAACGUGCACCCGGGUGGACAAGGCUUACAUCACUUGUUCAGACAGUAUGCGUUCUCCAACCGUAUCGGGUGGAUUCCUUUCCUGGUCCGUGGACAGGAGCUGCUGUCCCUGUGGCUACCCAGUCAUGUCUUUUGUGAACGGGUCUCAGCACCGUCUGCUGGCCUCAUGUUGGCUCAGUUCCAGGAGAGGACAGCCACAUGGAAAGUCUGGAGCCUGCGUGGCUGAGUGGAAAGAAUGUGUGCUCUGUCCACGUUCCCACACUGGGCUACACUUCUCUCUACUCGUCCCCCAUCAAUCACCUCCAAGAUCAGCAACAGUGUCCUAGUUCCUCUUGACAUCUGUGAUUUUAGAUUUUGAUGUUUGUUUUCUUUCCCUUCAAACCUGCAAGUGAGUUUUCCUCCUCUCCCCAGUUGAGUGGUGGAAAGUUGGAGAGCAAACAGCAUUCUCAACUUCUCGUGUGGAUUUCACACUCCAGAAAUUGCCAAAAACCUGUCGUAUUACUUUAGGAACCAUUAAAGAAUGCACUAGCAUGUUAAUAACAUGUUAGGAUUAUUGCUGAUGUUACCAGGCAGAAACGACUUAAAACCUCUGUUAGGAACUUAGGUUUUCAGCUGAUCACGUUUAUUCAAAGUUUAACACGCUCCAUGCAAGUGGACUUUUAGACAGCGCUUGAUGGUGUGGGCAUGUAUGUUGGAGGAUGGAGUAAUUUAAAGCACUUUUACAGAUUAUGUGGAUACACAUUUAUGUACAGAGUUGUUCAGCCUGUACAAUGUUAGCAGCAAAUGAAGGAUACAUAUACCUCUAGAAAUAAAAUGAGCUGCCACAUAUUUGCCUCAAAAUAAGUUAAAUCACCAUUACGAAUCAGGGUAUUUGAAAAUCAGGUUUAGUCAUAAUAACGGCGAUUCUUAGAUUUCAGACCACUUGCCAUCUGAAAGUUUUGCUUGGGAUGUACGGCAGGAAAUUUGAAUUCUUUUGUUCAGGGAACACCAAGCAGGCCUUCUUUACGACCUGGUUUUGUGUUUGUUGGUUUUACAAAGCUGUACAAGCCUACUUGUUUUCAAAGAAUCUCAGUGGUAUUACGUACCAUAAGGUUUGUAUGUCCAAACCUUCCUGGGUUUUGAAGGUUUCAACAAAUUCUUCCGCAACAAAAUCACUACAUUCGUAGCAUUUCAUAGACAUGCCAAGCUAAGCAAACAGUAACGUGUAGACAGGCAUCGUUUUCCAAGGUCAGUGACACCGUGUGAGAACCAGAAUCCCACCCUACGUCGUGAAGGAUUCCAGAAGGGAAACAGACAUUAGGUUGCCCUGAAGGACGCACAGAGGAGAGCAAAGAUGUGGGUCCGGUGUCAGGUCUGCCCCUGAAGAAUGCCACCUGUAAAGCGAUGGCAUCUGGUAAAGGGUUCUGAGAACCUUGUUCUAAUGCCCAUGCAAACUUAAAAUAAAACUCUCC